CUGCAAGAAGGUAGAGAUCCAGGAUCGGAGUUAAUCGCUGUUAUAACAGGAUAACCUCAUAAAUGAGGUUAGGCCCAAUAAAGCAGCGCCACUCAUUAUACACGGAUUCGAAAGCAGGUGUCCAGUCUUAAUAAGCUAACAUAUCUACGCCAUGUGCGGCCUUCGUGCUGUGUUCUGACAUACAAGCGAACCCCAACGAGUAAAUGUCGUGGAAGAAACACAAACCCUUUCUCUUAAUGGCGGCAGCGACGCUGAGCUCCGUAGUGUUUUGCCUUGCUACAGGUCCUAGAGAACCAGACAAAGUGAUCCGAUACGGCGCACUUGUUGUUGGCGACCAUUAUAAGGGAAUUUUAAAUGAAACGGUGGUUGAUCUUGAAACGAAGCUACGCGGUGAAGCUGCUGAAGAUUCUGAAGGAUACCAGGCUGAUCAGCCUGAAGCAACAGUGAACCAAUUAGCAGAGCUAAAACUGCAGCGCUUGAGGCCCUCUGUACGGUGUGGCAAUGACUCUAUGACUCUGCACCUUCUGGGAUGGAGCGUACCUGACUUCUUGGUUGAGACGGGUGAGGAGAACCCAGUACCGUUAUCUGAAAUGCCUGCCCAUUGUGGCUUCUCUGUGAAGAGGGCACGUGGAGAUGUUUUCCUUGUUGCUAAGUAUGAUGGCUGUCCCAUUACACAGCAGGGGGAUAGUUACAUUCUCUCAUUGCGUCUGUGGGACACUCCAGUGAGGAUGUCCUGUUCUGUGGCUUCUCCUCUUAAAGUCUCCUGCCUCCCUUCUGCUAUGGUGAUUGAACUUGGUGUCUCUGUGGAUGCAAUCAAACUGAAAGCGAAUAGGGAAUGGCAACCCCUGGUCCAAGCUUGUAGCACUUGUGGGUUCACCUUGGAGGCUGUGUCAAGUGGCUGGAUCAUCACUGCUCCAUAUAUGAGCAACUGUUUUCAAAUUGAGGGUGCCCAUAGGCUGUUGUCUGUGCUGUAUAUGUAUGGGGAGUUGACCCUUUCCUGCCCAGUUGUCCAGGCCCCUGCCAUGACACUUCUACCUGCUGAUGAGUUCCUACCGGUUCCUCCAGCCCCUCAAGCUCCUGUAGACCAUCCUUUUCCUCAUGAUUAUGCUGAUGCCCAUGACCAUCCUAGGAGCCCUAUAGUUGCUCCCAAAAGUACUGCCCCAACAUCCACUGCCUCGUCAACACCUACCAAGGCCAGUGCUCGUGAGCAGCUGUGGUAUGCUUAUCCUUAUGACUAUGCUAGGCCUUGGCCCUUCUACCACAGUCCUCCAAGGGCACCUCCUAACAGCCCUACAGUUGCUCCCAAAAGUACUGCCCCAACAUCCACUGCCUCAGCAACUGCCUCGUCAACACCUACCAAGGCCAGUGCUCGUGAGCAGCUGUGGUAUGCUUAUCCUUAUGACUAUGCUAGGCCUUGGCCCUUCUACCACAGUCCUCCAAGGGCCCCUCCUAACAGCCCUACAGUUGCUCCCAAAAGUACUGGCUCAACAACUAUGUCAGUGCCUACCAAAGCUGGUGCAGAUCAGCCUACUAAGAGUCCCAAAGUUUCUCCAGAGACUACUGCUCCAACUAUAGGCCUGAAAGUUAAACCUCCCAGUGAUGAUCAACAGCUUUCAUAUCGCUUCCCUUGGCUGCCUGGAGUGUAUGAUCCUUUAGUUCCCAAUUCACAGAGUCUCCCAGUAUCUGCCCCUGUCAGUCUGCCUUGGAUACUUUACCCUCGCAGACAUUCUAAGAAGGAUCAAAAACAUUCAGUACCGGUAGAUGCUGCUUCAGCAGGUUCUCAAAGUGCCCCUUUCACCAGAAAUAGAGAUGAUCUUCAACCAGUAUACCCUCGUCAGAAAUGGUAUUACCCCAUGUACCAAGUGCCUUAUGCUUCACAGCAUAAACCAGCAUCUUCAGUGGUUAGUCCAUCCACAACUAUAAGACGUGAAGAGCAUGGGGUGCCCCAGCUGUAUUCCUUGCGCUAUGACCCUCUGGCCUUCAGCCCACCUAUGCAGUCCUCAAGGGAUAGUGGGAUGUACCCCUUAAUAUCCAGGCCUGCUCAUGAUCAUGUCUCUGCCAGUCGGUGGUGGAAAUCGGUAUCCCAUCCUGCCCAACUUUCUCCCCUACUGGUCAAAGCGUGGCUGACGAACAAAGUGUCUUGACCCCUACUGAGAUUGACAAAGGCCAUGAAUAGACUUUGGCCGUAGGAUUUAAAGCCUUGCUUCUGUGUCUUUUUGUAAAAUAAAAAGAUUGUGCUGUCAUGAU